CGCGCGACCGCGAGGCUAAUCCGUUAAUGCGUGCUCUUCUCCCGGCGUCGCUCGGGUUGAAUCAGAUCAAGACGAGAUCUCCGUUUCUGUCGAACCUCAGGUUCUCGUCGUCGACGUCCGUGGGCGGCGAGGGGCGUAAAGAGAAGGAGCACAAAGCGGUCGACGCGAGGCCCAAAAGGGCGGUUCUUCCGCAUCUUCGUAUAACUUCUGAGGGCGAAGGAAAAAAGGUGGUGUGGAGUCAAUCGAAAUCGUUUGACAAGCGACCAGCUCUUAAUCCUGCUUUGGAGGCUCAUCAUGCAGCGUUUGCUAAAGAAAUACAGUCUCCUCGUUUCCAAGCCAUACUGCGGCUCACAAGCGGCCGUAAGAAGAAGGCAACACCGCAUAUCAAGAGCUUCUCUCACGAGCUCAAUUCGAAAGGGGUUAAGCCAUUCCCUGUUUGGAAGCCUCGUGCAUUUGCACACAUGGAGGAGAUCAUGGUUGCAAUCCGUGCUAAGUUUGACAAAAUGAAGGAAGAGGUUAAUUCUGAUCUAGGUAUUUUUGCUGGAGAUUUGGUGGGUAUUCUCGAAAAGUCUUCAGGAACUCAUCCUGAAUGGAAAGAGAGUUUGGAGGAUUUGUUGGUUAUAGCAAGCAGAUGUGCGAAGAUGCCGCCCAAUGAAUUUUGGAUUAAGUGUGAAGGCAUCGUCCAGAAUCUAGAUGACCGGCGUCAAGAAUCGCCAAUGGGGAUCCUUAAGCAAGUCCAUACCCGCCUUCUUUUUAUCCUCACUCGAUGCACAAGGCUCGUGCAGUUUCAGAAGGAAAGUGGCUAUGAAGAAAACCACAUUUUGGGUCUUCAUCAGCUUAGUGAUCUCGGAGUCUAUCCAGAGCAAGUUUUGGAAGCCUCACAGAAUGACUUCAGUGGCCCAUUAAAUGCUAAGGAAGGGAAUGGCAAGCAGAUGAAGAAGUCGCAUGGUCAGGAACAAGGUGUUUUAACUUCAGGACAUGUUGGGCUUGAAAACAAUUUAAGUAACGGGGGUGAUGGUGUUGAAGUCAGCACUGCUAAAAGCAUUACUUCAUCGACUGGUAGCUACAGAAUGUCUUCUUGGAAGAAACUUCCUUCUGCUGCUGAGAAAAAUCAUAAAGGCUCUGAUGCUGCUGAAACUCCUUCCAAAGAUAAAGCUGAUCUGUUUCAUGGUAAAAAUGAACCAAGAAUUGACGGCGAUUGUCAUAUUGACAAUCUGGAUGCUCUAGUUGGCCUUCCUGAAAGUUCAGAAGGAUUCAUAGGAGUGAAAAAGGUUUCUUGGGGAUUGACAUAUGAGAAUCUUAUGAUCUGUCGUAUUUGUGAGGUCGAAAUACCUACAGUACACGUAGAAGAGCACUCUUGUAUAUGUACAAUAGCUGAUAGGUGUGAUUUGAAGGGUUUAACUGUAAAUGAAAGACUCCAAAGAGUUGCAGAGACACUCGAGAAGAUAUUAGAAUCUCUGACACCUAGAAGCACACCUAGAAGUGCGGUCUCUCCACAAGGAAGUCCCCGUGCUGCCAGAGCAGAUACAUUAAGCAUGCAUGAGGAGCUAGAUCAGUUGUCACCUCAAAAGAAUGACCUGUCUUCCCGCUACUCUGAAGACAUGCUCGAGUGUGUCCCUGACUCUCUUAAUGCUUCUGUCAUGGAUGGUUUGAAAGCUUCACGUAACAUGUCCUGUGAAGCUCAUUCUUUGAUGGUUUCUGGUCUUGGUUCGAAGACUUCCUCGGGGGGAAGCUUGACACCACGCUCGCCAUUAUUAACAACAUUGACAAGCCAAAUUGAAAUGCUGCUGAAUGGAGGAAAAAUCUUGUCAGAUCUUGAGAAUUCUCAGCAGAUAAACAAGCUAGUGGACAUUGCUCGUUCUGUUGCAAAUGUGAACACCCUUGAGUACAGUACAUUGGAGUAUAUGCUUGAGCGUCUAGAGGACUUGAAGUACGUCAUCCAGGACCGAAAGGUUGAUGCUCUUGUUUUGGAGACAUUUGGUAGACGGAUAGAGAAGUUACUUCAGGAAAAAUACGUACAUCUAUGUGGACAAAUAGAAGACGAAAAAGUGGAUAACUGUAUGGAUGAUGAAGAGAGCUCGUUGGAAGAUGAUCCCGUUCGCAGCCUGCGUGCAAGCCCCAUUGGUACAAGUUGUAAGGAUAGGACAUCCAUAGAAGAUUUUGAGAUUAUAAAACCGAUUAGCAGAGGUGCAUUUGGACGAGUUUUCCUUGCCCAGAAAAGAGCAACUGGUGAUUUAUUUGCCAUAAAGGUUCUUAAAAAGGCUGACAUGAUUCGCAAGAAUGCUGUUGAAAGUAUAUUAGCUGAGCGUGACAUCCUCAUAUCAGUUCGCAAUCCUUUUGUGGUUCGCUUUUUCUACUCUUUCACAUGCAGGGAAAAUCUCUAUUUAGUCAUGGAGUAUUUAAAUGGUGGAGAUCUUUACUCUUUGUUGAGAAACUUAGGCUGCUUAGACGAAGAUAUGGCUCGUAUAUAUAUAGCAGAAUUAGUUCUUGCUUUGGAGUAUCUGCACUCACUAAAUGUCAUUCAUAGAGACUUGAAGCCUGAUAACUUGCUGAUCGGUCAAGAUGGACAUAUUAAGUUGACAGAUUUUGGGCUUUCGAAGGUUGGGCUUAUCAACAGCACCGAUGACUUCUCAGGUCCACCAGCUUGUAAUGCAGUAUUUUUUAGUGAUGAUGAGCCAAAAUGUCCACGUUCAAUUAAACGAGAACAGAGGAAGAAACACUCAGUAGUUGGAACACCAGAUUAUCUAGCUCCAGAGAUUCUUCUAGGCAUGGGACACGGUGGAACUGCAGAUUGGUGGUCCGUAGGGGUGAUUCUUUUUGAGAUGCUUGUGGGAAUUCCACCAUUCAAUGCAGAACAUCCACAAAAAAUUUUUGACAACAUCAUGAAUAGAGACAUACCUUGGCCGAAAGUCCCAGAGGAGAUCAGUUUUGAAGCAUACGAUUUGAUCAAUAAAUUGCUCAUUGAAACUCCAGUUCAGAGACUAGGUGCAACUGGAGCCAGGGAGGUGAAGGAACAUCCCUUCUUCAAAGAUAUAAAUUGGGACACGCUUGCUAGGCAGAAGGCCAUGUUCAUACCAUCAGCAGAACCACAAGACACCAGUUAUUUUAUGAGUCGUUAUAUAUGGAACCUAGAGAAUGAAGAUGUCCAAGGAGGUAGUGACUUUGACGAACCGAACGACACCUGCAGCGAAUCAUGCAGCAGCAGCUCAUUCAGUAACAUGCCAGACGAAGAUGGAGAUGAAUGUGGAAGUUUGGCAGAUUUCAAAAGUUCCGCUCUCACUGUGCAGUACUCAUUCAGCAACUUCUCUUUUAAGAAUUUGUCUCAGCUAGCUUCCAUAAACUAUGAUAUGAUGGUGAAGAAUAAUAAAGAUGCGCCUGAAGUUUCCAAACCAUGCGUUCCUUGAAGCCCUCCUGGGAGAAUUAAGGACUGCAUCAGAGCAUGAUCUUCCUUGAGGACGAUGGUUUUGGCAGAACCACUUGAUGAGUUGUUCACCCAAACUGAGGUGAUUAAUCCUUAUGCAGAUGAAACCUAGUUAUUGUGAAGGGUUAAGGUCAACACUAUCUGCCUGGUGUUCUUCCUAAAUGCGUAGAGGGACUGAGGAUGAAUUCCCAAUGAUGCUAACAGCAGUACACAUCUCAUGUUCGAGCCAUGGGAUUGUGACAAGAUCAUGGUUGUGUAUAUAUAGAGGCAUGAUCCACCGAGUCAAUGAAAUUUUGUUCUCCACUGAGUACCUUGAAGUUGCAACGACAUUGUUAAUAUCAUAUAGCAGUUGUAGUUUUCCGCUUCUGUUGAAUAUGCCAUACAACAGAGCUCUGUUGGUGUUAAUACUUCUUCCUUUCGUACAAUGACAAAUUCUUGCCUUGACUGA